AUGGACUCUGAGAACCCAAGACCCACUAAGAAGCGCCAUCUGACAGGGGAGGAGCGGCAACGAGCAAUUCGCGCAGUGCCUCCACGGGAUGCGCAGCGUGAACCUCACACACGUCGCACUAUUGAAGAGCUGAAGGAUCGCGCAACAUGUAUGGCACGAAUUCUUCGACACCACUUUCCCAAUCUUGGCCUGGAUAUUGAGACCCUGCGAUAUACGUGUGAUGCCCUUCCGGCACAAGAUGGUAUUGAUUCAGACAAACCAGGCCUGGACCUGCAAAGCGUCGCUAUGAAUGAGCUUGCCUCUGACAGCAUCGGUAUGGAGAACGAGAAUUGCACGAUUGAUUGCAUAGAUGGCACGACAGUUCCUAUCUUUUUGCUUCGGUGUAGAUUACUCUGGCAAUCAUUCCGCUUUCCCGCAUCAUAUUCGUGUGCGCAGGCUCAUCAUUCCACGCAGAGUCAACCCCGCAAGCGGGUACCUGAAUUUAUUCGCGUUGGCGAACCAGAGCCAGGUUCUACUGCGAUUGAGGAUAUCGUGGCACUUCUCCCGCCCAGACCAUUGACUGCCUUUCUGGUCGACGUAUUCUUCAAGCAUUCUACAAGCUACUACUACUUUGUUGAAAAGCGCUGGAUCACUGACCUUCUCAACAAACUGCACGCAAGCCCGAGCCGGCUUAGCUCAAAAGACGUCACCGCAACCUGCAUGGUCCUAAUGGUUCUUGCAGUGGGGACACAAUAUGUGCACUUGGAAUCGACCAGAAAGAGUUGCAAUGAAGGAGCAGGCACAGCAGCGCACAACCCUCCAGCAAAUUGGGAGUCCGACAUCGGCUCCACCUUUUAUCGUCAGGUGGCAAGACUGCUAUCCGAAGUGAUCCAUGCUGGCACCAUGUUGAGUGUUCAGGUGUUCAUGCUUCUCGGCUUGUAUUCGUUGCCUAUCGAUGCGUCUGGAUUAGGCUACAUGUAUCUCAACCUCGCCAUCAAAGUAGCUAUUCAGAACGCAAUCUCACGUUCCGAGGUUGAUGCGGACUUUCCUAGCAGCCCUGACACAAGUGGUUCAACAGAUGUCGACUACGAUACGACUAGAUUGCUAGAAUCCAUCCACCUGACCUGUCAGGCAGAAGCCUUCCUCCAUCAGAUGUCGCGACUUGCGAAGUUGUCCAAGAUCGGAGGCUCAUACAAUUUUAAAUCGUAUAAGACAAAUGAAGCAAAGUCUGCAUGUCAAUGGGACUUCUUGAUACAAGACUCCAUCUCCGCAGCCAACGAAGCAAUCGAUAUCUGCCAUUUGAUGCGAACAAGCGACAUCGGCCUCGCGAAGUCUUCGUAUGCUGAAUAUAGCUCAUGUCGCGCGUCGCUCAUGGUAUUAAUAGCUCAUAGCAUCUGCUGUCGUACAAACGAGCAUUCAGAGGCGUUACGAAAAGGACUCGAUGCAAUCAAAGAGAUGGCUUCAGUGGGCGAGUCCGCUCGAUCAGAAGUGUCGUUGCUGGAGGACUUGGAGGAGGCUCUCCAAUCGAUUCAUACCCCAGAAAAGCCGGAGAUUAUAGCAGAGACUGAUCAUAACUCGGCCCAGGAUGGUUAUGAAGGUCUUCUUAAAUGGUACACCAACGUGGCGCGUACUAGCAAUCCUUGUGGCACCACUUCGAUGAUGGACCCUGUCAAUUCCUUCAAUACAAGGCUUCCAGACUCAACGACUUCGCGACUUAGACUGUACAAUCAGUCCUCUUCGUCGACGAACCCAGAAAAUGACUACCCUUUUGAUCUUGAUCUCUUAAACGCGGAUGGGAACAUGUCUUUUGUCACCUCCGGCCUAUACGAUUUUAGCAAUACCGAGAACGAAUUCUUUGAGAACUUUCUAUGGCCACCGAGCUAG